CUGGUGGGAGCUGAAGCGCUGUCCUGGAUGAGCUCCCAGGGACAGGGAAAGGGCCCCGGCGUCCCCGGGGCAGGGGCUGCCCCCGCUGACCCCCCGUGCUCCCCGCAGACCAUCUCCUGUGCAGUCUGUGCCCUGCUGCUCUCCCGCUGCCUCGGCCCUGCUGCCCUCGUAAGCACCCCCAGCCCCCUCCCAGCCCCCUCAGCCCCUCUCUGGGGUCCCUCCUGGGGAGGGGACACCCGCAGGGGACAUCCUGCACUGCCUCUCCUGUCCCUCCUGCAGAAAUGGGCGCUGCUGGCCCUGAGCGCCUGCAGCAGCCUGUGCUGCCUGUGCUGCCUGCUGGGGCUGCUCGUGGCCAUUGGCCUCACCCUGGGCAACCAGGGCCGGGUGCUGCUGGCCCCCUGCUCCACCUCCAGCGCCGCCCUCGCCCCGGUGUCCCCCGAGUGUCCCUUCGACCCCACCCGUGUCUACAGCUGCACGCUGUCCCUCUGGGCCAUCUCCCUGCUGCUGGAGGCCAUGGGCAUCUUCUUCAGCAGCCGCUGCCUCCGGCUCACCCUGGAGCUGCUGCGCCCGGGCCGCUGCUGCCGCGGGGUGCUCCGGAUGAAGCUCUCUCUGCAGGCAGCCCCGGUGGAGAGCCCCGGCCCCGGGCAGUGCCUGGGCUUGCUGAGGCUGGACAGCGGAGAAAGCGCCCGGCUCUGAGGGAUGCAUGACCUGGGGAUGUGCCCUGGCCGUUCCUGCCCCG